AUGGCGUCGAGGUUAGACGUCUCGACGCCGUGGAUCACGGCGUCGAGCUCCAUGGCCUGGCCCAACGUGGCGUCUGCGUGGCGGUUUACGUGGCAAAAAAAAUCCUCAUCGGAAAAAAAAAGCUCGACGCCGUGGAACAGGGCGCCGAGCUCGACGCCGCAGAUCACGGCGCCGCACAUCAGCGGGGUGGCAUUGGCCUCCGUGCUCGCCAACCUCAACCUCCUCUUUCUCUUGGCUUACAUCCUCUUCAAGGGCGUCCACAAGCGCACCGGCGGCCUCGCGCUCUCGGCCGAGAGCUUCCGCGGCUGGGGCGAGCUCGUCAGCCUCGCGCUGCCGAGCUGCGUCAGCGUCUGGCUCGAUUGCUGGUGGUACGAGAUCAUGAUCCUCCUAUGCGGCCUGCUCGCGAACCCGCAGGCAACGGUGGCCAGCAUGGGCAUCCUCAUCCAGACAACGUCACUCAUCUACAUCUUCCCUUCCUCGCUCGGCUUCGGCGUCUCGACGCGCGUCAGCAACGAGCUCGGCGCGAACCGGCCCGACCACGCCGGCCGCGCGGCCACAGUCGGCCUCAUGCUCGGGUUCGCGUUCGGUGGCGUGGCGUCCGCGUUCGCGUACCUCGUCCGCGGCGCGUGGGCGACCAUGUUCACGGCCGACCCGGCGAUCGUCGCGCUCACCGCGUCCGUGCUGCCGAUUCUGGGCGCUUGCGAGCUCGGCAACUGCCCGCAGACGACCGGCUGCGGCGUGCUGCGGGGCAGCGCGCGGCCCAAGGACGCCGCCAGCAUCAACCUCCGGUCCUUCUAUCUGGUGGGCACGCCCGUGGCGCUCGUCCUCGCCUUCUGGUACCACUACGACUUCCAGGGCCUGUGGCUGGGCCUCCUCGCGGCGCAUGCGACCUGCGUGGUGCGCAUGCUGCUGGUGAUCGGGCGGACGGAUUGGGCAGCCGAGGCCAAGCGCGCGCAGCAGCUCACCGGAGCAGGCACGGUGGAGACCAAAGAGAGCAGCGGCAAGGGCAGUCAUGCCAGUAAAGGCACCGUGAACAGCUCGGCGCCGUGA